AUGAAGAACGAUUACAAGAAACCGGUGGAGGAAUUUGGCUCAACGUCGUCUAGAUGCGCCUUCGUACGAUUGCGGGAUCGCAGAGGACGUAAACUCUGGAUCGCAAGUGCUUACGCACCUACGGAAACCUCUGAGGACAACAGUAAGGACGCCUUCUAUGAUGAACUCAAUGCGUUGAUGUCUAAAAUACCAAGCCAGCAGGCAAUUAAUGUCGCAAUCGACGUAAAUGCGAUGAUGCGACUCGAACAGCAAUCCGAUGUGCUAGGAAAAUGGUAUUAUCUAGCGCAGCGACGGUGA